AUGGCGGCUGCGGCGUCCGAGUCGCUGGCCUCGGGUGGCCCCGGGGCUGUGCGGCUGCCGCGCUCGCCGCCACUCAAGGUGCUGGCAGGGCAGCUGCGGCGGCACGCAGAGGGUGGCCCGGGCGCGUGGCGGCUGUCGCGGGCGGCGGUGGGCCGCGCGCCGCUGGAGCUGGCGGCGGUGUGGAUGCAGGGCACUGUGCUGGCGGCGGAAGGGGGCCAGGCGCGGCUGCGCGACCCGAGCGGGGCCUUCUCCGUGCGCGGCCUGGAGCGCGUACCACGCGGCCGGCCCUGCCUACUCCCAGGAAAGUAUGUGAUGGUGAUGGGGGUGGUUCAGGCCUGCAGUCCUGAGCCCUGCCUGCAGGCUGUGAAGAUGACUGAUCUUUCUGACAACCCUGUCCAUGAAAGUAUGUGGGAACUGGAGGUGGAAGACUUACACAGGAACAUUCCUUAGAGCUGGAACCUUCUAAGAACAGCUUCCCCCUGAAGUAAUUUACCCACAGAUGGGUCUCAGGAACAUCACAGAAGUUUCUUGAAGAGAUUUCCUUUGGUUGAGCCAGACGUCUGGACCCUGGGAGCUGGAGCUUCAGUUGUCUCAGCCACUCCUCUCUGCUGGUGCUUUGCUUGCUGAUGAGAAGCAGAUGCCGCCCCCCACCCCUGUCACUUACAUGUGUUCCUGUGUCUCGCUGAAGCACAUGGAGAGCUCAUGUCGUCUUUUCCUAAUUUUGUGAGUGAUAACACUUUCUCCUUGACUGUCCUUCUGAAUUCCAGUUGUUGCCAAUGGAUUAAAAUUAUAGACAUGAGGACAGAACGGCGUAGUGGCCUGCCUCCCAUUGCCAGCUAUUGCCAUCUCGUAGGGGCAGGUACCAGCCCUUGCUGGCAGCUCUCUCUGCUUCAAUGUGAUCAUUCCUCACUGUCUGUUCCCUUAGAUUCCAGAGCUGAGGCCGGCUGUUGAGAAUGGUCGGAAUUCUCACAAUUCUCUGUUGAACUUAAAAAUCCAAGAUGAAUACAGACUUUUCAAACAUUUCUGCUUCAAAACUGUUAUGGAGAAACAGCCAGGGUGGGACUAGCCUGCGGGCUUAGAGUCCUGCCCUUCUUUCUGGAUGAAAUACCUUUCUGUUGGGAUUGUAGCAGUGUUGGGUUUGGCUUUCUGCUGAUCAACAGGGCUAGAUUCACUUGGAUGGCAAAGACCAAGAAGUCCGUCUUAUGUUACAAUGUUGCUGCAGGACUUUUCUAGUAACAUCUUUGUAUGGUGUAGUUUUUAAAUGUAAGCUCUAUUAUCUGUUUGUCUUAAAGACAGUGUCUUAUAUAGCUCAGGUAGUCUCCAACUCGUGACCCCCUCCUCUCCGUUCCAGACUGUUGAGAUUACUGGUGUGCACUACUACGUCUGCAAUGCUGGGGUUGGAGCCCAGGGCUUUCUGCACGCUAAGCAAACACUGUAUUACUAAGCCACGUUUCCAGCCUAAAAUGUUGAUUUAUUAAAAUAAUUUUAGGUUUUCAGAAAGUGCUCCCAA